AUGGAGAGGCUGCGUGAGCGGUGCAUACUGGGGCGAGAGGUGGUGAUCUCCAAGCUGCUUGGAGCUGGGGCGAACGGCCGCGUGUACCUUGCCGCUCCUGUGAGUCAGUCGGAUGAGUCGAAUCAGUUCUCGUACCCGUCUCACUUUGUGGUGAAGGUGAUGCAGAAGGAUCUGUUUCCCGCAGGCCACCUGGAGACGAUCCUGAAGGAAAUCAAUGCCGUGCGCGUGCUGAAGCACCCGUUUAUUGUGAGUUAUGUGGGCGCCUGGGUGGAGGCUGGCGGCGGGGAACACGACGGGAGUGUGUGCCUGGCCAUGAAGUACUGCGACGGCGGCGAUCUCCACGACCUGAUUCUCGAGUACAAGAAGAGGGACGAGUACGUUCCGAACGACCUGGUGAUGAUGGUGAUGCUGCAGAUCUUCUCGGCGCUGAAUCACGGCCACGCGCACCACAUCAUUCACCGCGACAUCAAGCCGGCGAACCUUUUCCUUGUGCGCGGCGAGAGCGGCUGUGGGGGCGUGGCGAGGGCUCUUGUGGGCGACUACGGGCUGGCGCGCCCGGUGGAACGCACGGUGGAGCUGGCCAAGACGCGCGUUGGCACGCCGUGCUACUGUUCACCGGAGAUUGUGGCUGGGGAGGCGUACAGCACCAAGACGGACAUUUUCUCCGCUGGCGUGACGUUUUUUGAGCUCAUGACGAGGCAGCGGCCGUUCUGGGAGAAGGAUUUCACGGAUCGCCAGUCGUUCUACGCGAUACUGCACUCCGACCCGAUGCCGCGCCUGCGUCGUUUGGCGGAGGGCCGCUAUGACAGCUGUCUUGUGCGCGCUGUGGGGUCGUGCCUUUGCAAGAGGGAGAAGGGGCGUCCGACGGCGUACGAGCUGCUGACGGGCUUUGCGACGCGCCUCACGACCUAUGUGCGGGCGAAUGGCAUUCCUGUGUGCGGCGAGGUGGCGAGGGUUUCGCCUGUGCGGGACGAUGGGUGCUCCCCGCUGCGCCGCCUCUCCCCCAUCUCGCCGGUGCGCCGCACGUCCCCGCGUCCGCAAGCGCCGUCGCGGCCCCGGAAGGCGACGCCGAGGCGGAAUGCCGUGCCGUGCGCUGCCCCCAUUGUGCCCGCUUCCCCCCGUGCCGUGGUGGAGGACGCUGCGGCGGCGCCGAGGGAGGAGGAGGAGGCGCCGGGGCAGAAAGGCGUGACCGCGGAGCACGUGCUGCAGGUGCUGGAGGAGGUCCUGGGCGACCAUGCGGAGUGCGAGGGGCUGAAGCAGCUGCUUGGGGGUGACGUUGAGGCCUUCCUGCUUGUGCGGGUCCUCCUGCUGACGCGUGGCAAUGACAGAAACGCAUUUGAGAAUGGCAUCUUUAAGCUGCUGCUGUCGUUGAAGCCACAGAUUUCAGUGGAGCGGGUUAUCUUGUGGAUGUCGGGGCGCGACCGCACUGCGUAG